GAGCCAACACAUUUCGUGAGCCAAGAUUCCGUUGGCCGACAACUGUGAGUGAAGCCAGAAGAUAGGACAAGCGCAGGGAAACACAGUUACUUUGGAGAUGUUGCAGGAGUCAGGAUUAUCUUCCUCCUUCCCUCCCUCCUCUUCCUCCUCAUCGCCAUCGGCCAAAAUCCCCAUCCCCUCACUGCGACAUCGCACCAAACCUUCCUCUGCCUCUGGGUCUCCUGCAACUGGUCUUGCAUCAUCUCCACACAUCUCCCCCUCCCUCUCCCUCAUCCCUGUCCUCCGUCGCGAACACCACCCCGGAGUACACAGAGUAACUCCCCCAGUGACGAGGAAGAGACCCCAAUGACACUGGAGGACUUUGUUCUGGAGUACUCCACUUUACUCCCACUCACGAUGAAGGUGAAACGAGGUUACCACGGAGGAGAUGAGAAACACUCCAUUGCAACCGACGAUGUCUACAACGUUCACUUCAUUAAACGGACAAAAGUCGUUGUACUGAAAGAUCGCAGGGGUGCAACUUUCAACAUCCCCCUCAACUCUGCAGUUCAGUUUGCCCCUGUAUUUAACCCGAGUAACGACCCGAGAGAGCCAGCUAAAGGAGCCUCUUUUGAAAAGGUCUCCGACCUACUUUCCCUCAAGACACUACCCAGAGUAGUUCGAGCCACCAAGCCCCACAUCAGAGUGGACUCAAAAUCAACAGUUGAGCAAUCAGAAUUGUUUAUGGUGCAGAGUGUAGUGCCUUUGAGUGUAAGGAAAAAGGCUCUCAAGGUUUACAGCAUCACCUGCAAUCAGGAGAAACUCCUACUACCAGAUAGUAUGGGGGCAUUCUCAACUGACCCCAGCAUCGCCUGCCUUUACCUGCUGGAAAUCGUUGAACAUUUCCUGAAUCAACUUCCACUGGACGUGAGAGUAGUUCUGAGCAACUGUGACCUAACCAACGAGGAGCUACCAUUCUAUCUCACCAACGAAGUGGUGACACUCAGCCACUUUGACUCUGAGAUAUCUCUCAUUGCCUCCACCAACUGGGGCGAGAAUGAGGUGGUGUGUGAGGAAGACCAGAUGCCUGUUGAGAUCCCCGUUGACCUUCCCAUCCAGCUGGUGGUCCAGACACCAGAUGGAGCCAGGGAGGCCCAUCUCUCCCACCACACUAAGAGACUGUACGAGAGGUUUGAUCCCAGUCGAAUCAGGCUACUGAAGACUAGGAACAUACGACGAGGCUUUGAGAAGGAAGGAAUGGAGCUACAGCGCCCGGAGAGGAUCUACGAUAUUCCCGAUGUCGGCGUCAGGAGAAACAGAUCUCCUCAGGCAGCGGGUGGUCACAAAGCCACACCCACCAGCUCCACCCCUGCGUUGGUGUCCCCUCAACUAAGACCACGAUUGGGCACACCCGAAUUGCGUGCCGCGGCUGACUCUGCCUACUCCAAGGCCUAUCAACCGCUAAUGCCCAUCACUGGAGCGAAGAAGGGUAGCAGAAAAUCAGAGUACACAGCCCCUGAGCCACAUAGAUCCACCUCACCUUCCUCUCCUGCUAAAACUAUCUCAAGUUCCUCGUCCAGGGGUUGUCAAUCACCACGGAGUGAUAGGAGGAACCAGGGCCAAUUACCCCUCCCAGCACCUGUCAGUGGAGGGAGCGAGCUGCUGGAGAACAGAGUGGAGAUCUUGGAGAGAGAGGUCCACGCUCUGAGAGCCGAGAUUGCCAAACUCAAGACAUUAGUGGCAUCAUCUGCCAGUGGUGGUACCUCAUUACCAGAGAGUAGCACCAGGAGAAACAACAUUCAGCAUCUCAAGACUCUCUCCACCAAACAAGUGGGAGACCUGCUGGAGAGGAUGAAGUUGAGUCAGUACAGAGAGAUCUUCGCUGAGCAGGAAAUUACAGGGGCGAUCCUCUCUCAGUGUACCACUGAGGUCCUCAAGAUGGAGCUGGGUGUGGCCAGCAGGAUCCAUCGGCCAACACCUUCGCUCUCUGCGCACGCGUAUAUACGACCGACACCAUAUGAGCCCCUCCCCCUUGGCGUGGUCAGCGGACACGCGGUAGAAGGCCAGGUACCGACAGCCAUGACCGACUGGGACGUCUACUAUCAUGUCUUUCGCUCUUUCCUCACGUGCCGCAGCGCACCUCUUGUGGGGGCCUAUCUCAUCAUGUGCCUCGCUGCUCCUAGCCUCAUGAACCUCUUCAAGCCGCUGGACCUCCGCCGUCCGCUGGUACUCCAUAACAUCGUGUGCACUGUACUCAGCGCCUACUGCGUCGCUGCCUUUGCGGUAGCCUUCACUGAAGACGGCAAUCUAUUCAGCACCAAGGAAAGUGCUGGCGGGACCCUCAGACACGCUAUAUUUGUUUACUGGAUGACUAAAUGGUACGAGCUUCUUGACACGGUCUUCAUGGUUCUACGACACAAGAAAAGUCAGAUAUCUUUCCUCCACGUCUUCCACCAUGCAUCGGUGCCUAUUUUGGCUGAUUACGGCUACAGCCAGGCCUGCUGGCCAGCCUUUAUCCUCGUGGGCUCCAUGAACUCUUUCAUACACGUAGUCAUGUACGGCUACUAUGGACUCACGGCUUUCUAUCCAGUCAGGGAUUUCCCAAUCAAGAAACGAGUCACUCAGUUGCAGAUGACGCAGUUUGUGAUCUGUACACUGCAGGGAAUCUGGGGCCACCUCCACUACAACUUCUGUGUCUACUCCAUUCUCUAUCCCCUCGCCCUCUUUUGCCUCUUCUCCAACUUCUACUAUCAGGCCUUCCUGCGACAGAGGAGGGACUCCAGUGUAUCAGGCAGAAAACAUGACUGAACAGCCUAUAUAGCUAUCGUGCAU